GGCAGUUUCAGAAACCCUGGUGGUCGAAGCGGGUCAGUGACUGGUGGGUGAUGGCUCUCGCCCUAGGGUUUUUCCUUAUCAGUUCGUCUCUGGUGCAUUCUUGAGCUUCGUAUCAACCGACCACACAGUCGUCGAGAGUCAAGUGAGAGUCUCUCUACUUUCUACGACCCUCGUCACAAUAAUGGAUGGGAAAUGCGACUUAUUUGAUUUGGCUGUACUGCACCUUUUUCUGUGAUUCAUGAUUUGAGAUCUCCAAUUUCAUCUCUUUUUUUUUGGUUUACUGGAUUGAUCAACCGCAUUGUUCUUUAGGCGAUAGUUGUUUCCGCAAACGUUUGAAGCUAAACGGAUUGAGUGUCAAGAAUAGCACGAUUUUUGCUUAGCUUCACAGACAGUAUACGUUCUUGAAUAUCCUAAUAUGGCGCCUAUGUGGGCUAACAAAAGGAGGGGAGUGGCAUGGAGUGAUUAUGGGUAUGAUCUGUGUAUGUCAACGAGCCGUAAAAGAAGACGCUUUAAUGAUGACAGUUUGGAGUCCACUCCUUGUUCGUAUCAUAAAGAAGAUAUAUUGGGUGAUGCUAAAAGAGAUCCAGUUCCUGAUGCUGAUUACACACUAUUCCUGAGACUUUUAAAUGUGGAUGAUGAAUCAGAUGGUGAAGAGGAGUAUGAUACUGAUCCUGAUUACAAGAGAUUUUUGGAUCAUUUGAAGGCAGAUGAGAAAUCCUAUAUUUAUGAGAUGAAGGAUGAGGGAGGGAAGUCUGUCAGUGUUAAGUAUGAGUGGUGGGAUGAGUCGUUAAAUGAGACGGAGAACGGGCAAAUUCCAGUUCAUAAUACUUCAAGCCAAAAGAAAAAAGGAUACAUGCCAAAUGAAAUGGAAUCAGAACCUUACAGUCCUGCUGUUUACCAACCAUUCUAUCCUGAUAACAAGGAUGAUAUGAAUUCUUAUCCAUGGGAUGAAAGUUAUGCAUUAUUCCUCAGUAAACUUAGACAAAAUGGGGAAUCUAUGAUUCUGGAGUACGGUGAUGAUGUGGUCAGAUAUGAGAGCGAUGACAAGGGUGGAACUGAUUCAGAAGUAGAAUUAGAUGGUGAUGAUGAUGUGAGAUCUGAUAGUGAUGACAAAGGUGAAACUGAUUCAGAAGAAGAACCAAAAUAUGCUCCACAUUGCGGCCGACAGGAGUUCCGACGAUCUCUCUUUCCUGAUUCUCUUGAUUCAUCUAUGGAUGAAGAUGACUGUAGUUGCAUUGACAGUCUCGGUGAUAGUAGUUUUUCUCAGUACCGAGAGAGGCUUAUGCAUUUACUUCGGAUGCCCUAUAGCUAUCGGGAGUAUAGAGACCUCAAACAUUUAGCAUGUACUAACAAGCGGUUGGAGAAAACUAGAGAUCUGCGGGGCCGUUUGGUAUCAUACCAAACUGAUGAGACUAGCCUUUCUUAUUUUGAUUACUAUGAUGACUUUAAGCGAGUGUUCACUUCUGUUCGAGGUCCACAUCAUCGUUUAAUACGUUUGAACCUCUUGCGUGGAUUUUUCUAUCACAUUCAGAACUUGUCGCAUGAAGGAUCAUUUAAACCAUGGUUGGACAGCGAAUGUUUGAAGAUAUAGCCGGGAAGUAAAUAGACCAAACCCUUGUGUAUGUGUUGCAUCUACUUGAUAUUAUAUGGAGAAUCUAAGAAUUCCACCAAUGGAGAAUCCUCUUCUUGCCAUUACAAUAUAGGCACAGGAAGCAAAUCUAGCAGAUGUACUGUUUUCCCCACCUGUUGCUCUCUGUAAUCUGCCAAAAUAUUUAACUGGAGAUACUGCUUUUCUGUAUCUAUAUUUAUCUCUGUUUAGGAAUUUGCUAGUCCCUUCUUUUUUUCUCCCAACUAAAUGGAAUAGUAAAGACUGUAAA